UAAGACCGCGCCACUCUUCUGCAUCUUUUGUGGUUCAGCUGAAGAAAGUAGCGGAAACGGGCUUCCAUAUUAAACAGGACAAAGUGUUCAAACACAGAAAAACUCCUGCUGAAGUGACUGAUCCAUGUGACAAACUAUUAUAAAAAUGGCAUUUAUUAAAGAGGAGAGUGAAGACGUGAAGAUUGAAGAAACAUUCAGAGUCAAACAUGAAGAUACUGACGAACAAACAGACCUGAUGGCACCGAAGGAAGAGAUGCAAGAACUUACAAAGAUAGAAGAGAAAGUUGAAUAUGAAAGACUUGAUUUCAUGAUUGCGGGAAAAUCCAUACAGACUGAAACAACUUCAUCACCAAAAAAAGUUCAGAGGACCGAAUCUAACAUUUACUUCACCUGCCAUCAGUGUGGAAAGAGUUUCAACAAAAAAUAUAACCUUCAAAUACACAUGAAUGUUCACAUUGGAGAGAAGCCUUUCACAUGCCAUCAGUGUGGACAGAGAUUCGCACGUAAACAAAACCUUCAACGCCACAUAAAUAGUCACACUGGAGAGAAGCCGUUCACAUGUGAUCAGUGUGGAAAGAGUUUCAGACAGAAAGUAUCCCUUCAUUUACACACAAAGAGAGAACACUCAGGAGAGAAUGCUUUUAAAUGUCAUCGGUGUGGAGAGAGUUUCACUUGUAAAGUAAACCUCAAAACUCAUAUGAGACUUCACACUCCAGAGAAGCCUUUUACCUGCAAACUGUGUGGGAAUAGCUUCUCAUGCAAAGCGUCUCUUAAGAUUCACAUGGUCGUUCACACUGGAGAGAAAUUGUUUCCAUGUGAUCAGUGUGGAAAGUGUUUCAGACAUAAAUCAACCCUUAAUUCUCACAUGAAAGGUCACACUGGACAGAGUCCUUACACCUGCAAACUGUGUGGGAAGAGCAUCUCAAAUAAAUCAACCCUUAAUGAUCACAUGAGAAGUCACACAGGAGAGAAGCCCUUCACCUGCAAACUGUGUGGGAAGAGCUUCUCACAAAAAGGAAAUCUUACGGCUCACAUGAAAUCUCACACAGGAGAGAAGCCUUUUGUGUGUGCUCAGUGUGGAAAAUGUUUUACACGUGAAACAUCCCUUGCUAAUCACAUGAGGCUUCAUUCAACAGAGAACUCUUUUAAUGGUCAUCAGUGUGAACAGAGAUUCCCAGACAAGAGACGCCUUAACUGGAAUGAAAAAAUUCAUUCUCGAGAGUCAUCUUUCACGUGCCAUGACUGUGGAAAGAGUUUCAGAUUGAAAGGAAACCUCAAGGUUCACAUGAGAAUCCACACUGGAGAGAAACCUUUCACCUGCACUCACUGCGGAAAGAGUUUCAGUCAGAACGUAAGCCUGCAGAUUCACAGGAGGCUUCACACUGGAGAGAAACCUUUUACCUGCAAUGUGUGUGGGAAGAGCUUCACAUAUAAAGCACACUAUAAUUCCCACAUGAGAAGUCACACUGGAGAGAAGCCUUUUACCUGCAAACUGUGUGGGAAUAGCUUCACACGCAAAGAAUCUCUCAAGAGUCACAUGGUCAUUCACACUGGAGAGAAGCCGUUUCCAUGUGAUCAGUGUGGAAAGUGUUUCAGACGUAAAGCAACCCUUGAUUCACACAUGAAAGGUCACACUGGAGAGAGUCCUUAAGGCCCCAAUAUGCAUCAAACAAAAUUCGUUUUUCGUUUGGGGGCAAAAAGAAGUUCAAAAAGGCUGAGCGAUGGUAUACUGUUUUUGAACAUUCCAACACCCCCGCGCUGCUGGAGGCGGAGUUCAGAGUCAAUUAUCAUGUUUGCAAUACAAGAGAACCAUUCCAUUUUCCAUAAUCAGUCCUUUAAGUGCGAGUGGCUCAUAGCCUGAAAACUUUAGCAUGAUGUGCAAAAAAAUAUGAGUCAUCUCAAUAACACAAUCCUGUUUGUUACUUUAUUUUAUUAGUGUUCAUUAAUUUGAUUAAACUGGAUAAAUUAUUACACCUUUUUAUAUUUUAUGUGGUGUCAUGAUUUGAUAAAAACACUCGUUUUUUGGCAUUUCAUUUAUUGUAUACCUUUUAAAUUUGCUUAUUGAAAGAACAGCAGUAGCAGUAUUGUGUAACAUUUAUUUGAAACACAUGUAUUUGGUACUUGCUACCUCUUUUCGUGGUUUUGGAAAACUUGUCUCAGAUGUUUCUCUACGUUGCUUUUUGCAUAACUGGGUCGUCGACACCAAGCUUCGUUGCAAUUUCUUUCUAGGAAUUAAAUGCUUUCUCUGAAUCUUUAAAGUCCGUCCGCGAGUGAUCGUACAGGUGUGGAUGUAUCUGUGGCAGCUCAGCUAUUCAACACGGUGUAUUUAUGUUGCUAGUGACUUGGAGAUGUUGUUCUCCUGCUUGACCUCCGUUGAAUGAGAAAUGAACCGUCGCACGUCAAAGGCGGCGGAGUUCCAGAACACACCCACCGACUGCGUAAUCGCCACGGACCAAUGCUAGCUCAAAGGUGUUUUGGAGCCAAAACGAACUCCCCCAGAAUGUUCGCUUUGGUGAGCUGUUUCGAACUGCCGAAACUAACUCUAAACAAAAUUCGUUUCAGCCCGAUUUUGUUCGGAAUUAAGUCAUAUAAGUUCGUUCUUCAAUUUCGUUUGACACCUGCAAACUGUGGGAAGAGCUUCUCAAAUAAAUCAACCCUUAAUGCCCACAUGAGUAUUCAAUCAGGAGAGAAGCCCUUCAACUGCAAACUGUGUGAAAACUCGUAUAGGAGAGAAGCUUUUUGUGUGUGUUCAGUGUGUGAAACAGGCCUUACUAACCACAUGGGGUUUCAUUCAAGAGAGAACUGUUUUAAUUGUCAUCAGUGUGUGGACAGAGAUUCCCAGACAAGAGACACCUUACCUGGCAUGAAAGAAUUCAUUCUCGAAAGACUUUCACGUGCCAUGACUGUGGAAAAAGUUUCAGAUUUAAAGGAAAGUUUAAUGUUCA